AUGGAAGGAAACAAAUAUGUGGUUGUGAUGCGCCUAAGUAAAUCGUGGAGAAGCAAUGCUACCAAAGACAUUCGGUUGCUUCUCGAGAAAUGGAAGGAAUUUUCAACUGCUAGACCAACUACAAACAGUUCUACCGAGAUUUUGAAGUUGCUGGAAGAGACAACUAAAAUCGCUUCGGUUUCGAGUUCGUCCUCAUCAGAAUCCACUUUGAAAGUUGAGGUAGUAUCUUCGUCGCGAUCGACUUCCAUGGAUUCCAGAAAUUUAUCUGCUCUAAAUACACCUGCCUGCAUACUCCUGGGGCAGCCGCGUAGCUCUGCUCUUAUUUGGAAAACCCUGCGUCGGCAUCGGGUUCCAUGGAAGGAUACCUGCGCCCUGAUGUCUCUGCAGCUUGCCGUCCUGCCAGCUCAUCAGCAAGAGUAUCUCAAACGACGCGGGAAAAGCCGCCCAUGGAGCUUCUCGAGGCUUGUGUUGGAGUCGUGGGAGAUGGGGGACCCCGAUCUGUUGGGCGUCUUUCGGUUGCUGCUACGCUGCCGAACGGUGGUAAGCUUCGCCCAGGAGGUCUCCGCGGCGCUGCGGGGUCGACCCCAGCUUCAUGAAGUCCUCCCAGUUCCCUGGAAUGUUUUGCAGCACCUUUACGAAUUAGGGAUCGCGGCCCGCCCCAACCCGCGAGAAUCCCAUCAGUCGAGAAGCUCCUCGUCUGCCCCCGAUGACGCCCUGCUUGCCCUAAACCUGUGUAAGCAGCUCGCUCUGGCCGGUCGUGAAUCCCUUUCCACGACCACCAGGGAGCGGUUGGUGAUGGGUUAUGCCCGCUUACAUGCGCAUAGUGGGGGAUGGGAGGAGGCCCUCUCGAUCGUCCGAUCGAGCGACGUCGUGCGCCUCUCGACGAAGGUUAGCUUUGCUAGGCAUGUGCAUCGUCGCUCCUUGUCGGCGAAGCCGGAUCUCACGGCGCGAGAGGCCCCUGAGGCCGUCAUCGCGGCCCCGAACUGGAGACAGGCGCUUCAGGUUUUGGAUCGCUUCCCGGACAACGAUGACGCGCGGUUGGAUUUUCUCUCCCGUGCUGACGUCAUCGCCGGAUCGAGCCAAUCCCCCUCGUGGUGUGAGUGUCUUUCAAUUUUUUCGAAAGUUUCACCGGCUAAGCAAAUGUACAGCGUUUUGCGGAAAAGCGUUCUUGCCCGGAUUCCGCAUGAGAACCCAAAGUUCAUUGUGAUUAUGGCAGACGCGUUACAGCAUGUUGGGCAGCGCAUGUACCCAGGCACAUUUGCGCGUCGUCUUGAGGUGCUGAGGAAGAAAGGCUUCUGGGCAGAGGCCGUUGCGUUGGCUUGCGGUGCACAAUGCUACGAUCUGGCUUCAACCUUAACCCCGCAUUUAAGGACCCCUACAACGUACGAAUUGCCUGUGGAUUUGAUCACCUACGAGAAGGACGUUUUGGCACUUCUGGAAGCGCGUAUUGAGGGGAGAGUACCACCACGUGCUUGCGGUAGCAACACGCCAUCCAACAAACCCCAGGUUGAUGUAAAUCAACUCACAUAUCCCCAGCUCCUUGCACGCGCACUUUACGGAGACUGGCGUGGUAUUUUGCAGUCAUCCGCUGCACUGUCAAAUUCGCGACUUCGUUCGCUGCUUGCGGCUAAACGCAUAUCAGAGGACGGUCUGAACGAUGUCGGUGCGGUGGAGUGCCACGUAUUCGCAAAUAAUGACAUCAUGCAACUUGUUCUUUCGUGCGCGCCUGCGAGGGACCUGAAGUACUUUUUCAAAGUGAUCCCAUCCGUUACUGCUGCGACCCUUAGACGAAAGCUUGCGGGUCCUUCUUUGGAUCCCAAGGCGGUCUCCCCAUUGGACGCUUAUAGGAGUUUUUUAGGUUCCUCUACAAAGGUAGCCACGAUGGAGGACUGCCAUGCGAUGUGCGAUUUGAUUGUGAAUUAUCUACGGAUGCACGCUAGACGUGCGCCUUGUAGUCGUGAAACCCUCUUACUUCGCGAGUUGGCGCGAUGCUGCGCGCAAGGUCGUGUGAAGCUUACCUCAUCCGAUACCUGCGGACUCGCGUUGGGCUUCCUGAAGGCCUGUAAGAGCCUGAGGUGUCGGCCUGAGGCGACCACGGCGUGCAAGGCGUUCGUAUCGAUUCCCUCACCCAAGUUGGAUAUCCACCUUCCAGCCAUGACUGUAGGUGUCAAUGCGCUCAAUCUUUUAGGUAAAUGGCAGGCCGUGGCGAGCGUUUACGCUCGUUGGUGUCGUAAGCAGUGUGAGGGGGUGUUGCCAGACCCUCCAAGCCGGCAACAUGUGGUGACGCAUCCCGUAUCUGAUGAGAGGGAGCAGCUGGUGGAUGUGUUUGCACGCAUCGUAUACUACACACCGCAUCACCAGCAGAUCGAAUGGGCGCGACGAAUAUGGAGAGAACAGCGGAGCAAAUUUAACAUUUUGCUGCAAGAGCUGCUAGUGGGCGACACCCGUGAGACCUCACGAAUCCUACAUGCGACGGCGGCGCUCCUCGGUCAGGGCAGAAACGAGCAUCGGAGCACCCAAAAGCGCCUCUCGCCUCGCGUAAAAGAAGCUCUGGUACUCGAAAAGAAAAAGCUGCUAGGUGCAAGUUUCUGUACACUGCAUACCGAAAUAGCCCUUCGUCGUGUGGUUCGGGCCUGCGGAAAAGAGCGGGUGGAACCCCACGAUAUCGACGAACACGGGUUUCAGCGGCUUCUGAAAGUUCUCUCUGGGCGGGAUGCAGCCGAAGCUAUCCUCUCUCUUCAUGAAGAGAACGCAGAGACUGUGGAGGAUCUCUGGCUGAUAUCGGUUAUGGCGAGCCCUGACGUAUCGGCCGAACAGUUAGGGAGGCUUCGUGCCGCUCGACCUUACUCAGCAUUGGUCUCGAGCGCCUUUAUAAUUACUUCGGGAUUGUUGCAAAACAACCCCACCGCGGCUCUCAAAGGUCUACUCAGGCUUGUGAUGAUUUCUGAAAUCUCCGAUUCGCAACGUUCCCUGUGCACAGCCAUUGCUAAACUUAUUCAACGUAUGUGUGAGAGUGAAGAAGUCGUGAGUGCGUUAAAAGGGGCGACCAACACCGAGGAAAACCAGCGACUAGCUAGAGCAAUCUACAAUCGCCUGCUUGAAAGUUCAAUCCUUGUAAAGUCUCUCAAGCACGAUCGAAAGUCUCUUACGAUGCUGCUUAAAAAUCCAGAAGCCCUGAGUCCGUUGCUGAUGCUUGGGUAUCUUCACCACGUUCUGAACCGUUCUUUGCAGCAUCCCAUUAAAGCGUCUUUUUCUUCUCACAUGCUACGAAUGGCCUCUACUCAUACACGCGAUUGGAUGUCUGCGAUUUAUUUUUUUAAAUGCAUUCGUUCGCCAACGUUGGAGGAGCGAUGUUUGGUUGUGCGCGCUUCUCGAGGUUGCCCAGACGCCACGAGUUACCUCGUCAGCUGCCGCCGCUUUCUUGAGGGUUGCCCGGAGCAGGUCGUGGUGUGGUGUGAUGAGCGGAUCAAUCCGGACGAGAAGUGGCGCGUAUCGCUUCGCCUCUUUGAAGCCACCACCCGUGCAAUGAGCCUGCCGCGGGAUCCGGCGGACAAAAGUACGGUUUCGUCGGAGGAGGUCAACCAUGACAACGUAAGCCCAACCCAUUGGGAUACAUCCGAGAGCAUUCUUCAGGGCCUACUUUCCCAAUGGAGUCAUCUGGAUUGCGUGCGAGCGUUGGAGCUUCUUCGCCGUGCUGGCUUUGUGCGCUCUCGACCUGAGGGAGGUGAAGGAGGGGCAAAGCCCAGACCACCACUCAGCGAGAACUUUGAAGAGGUGGCUGACGAUGGAAACGAGCAUCAUGUAGUCAGACUGAUCAAAGCUCAGAAACAGCGAUGCCUGAAGUCACCAAAUUCACUUUAA